GACAGACAGGAAGAUGAUGAGCCUGGUUCAGAUCUCCUCCAUUCUGCUGUGCUGCCUCUGUCUGUCUGACGGGAAGAUUUCAGAAUACCAACUGGAGUCUGAGACCCUGAGUCAGUGUGAGUCGCUACGUGGUGUUAGUUCUGCCCGGCAACAAGACCAUGUCCCACAGUGCUCAGAGGAUGGGAGAUUCAGACACGUCCAGUGCAGCGGUGCUGGUGGUGAGUGCUGGUGUGUGAACGCUGAGGGAGCUGAGAUCUCUGGAACCAGACAGAACGGAUCAGCUGUGUACUGUCUGACGUCCUGCCAGCUCCACAGACAGCAGGCCCUGCUGAGUGGCGAUGCCCUGGUACCCCAGUGCCAGGCCUCUGGGGAGUACCAGGCGGUGCAGUGUGACAGCGCCCGGGGACAGUGCUGGUGUGUAGACCUGGAGGGCAUGGAGAUCUACGGGACCCGGCAGAACGGAAAGCCCUCUCAGUGCCCAGGCAGCUGUGAGGUGAGAUCGAGGCGUCUCCUCCACGGCGUCGGGGAGCGCUCCCCCCCUCAUUGCUCGGCCGACGGCUCCUUCCUUUCCGUGCAGUGCAAGUUUGUCAACACCACUGACAGGAUGGUCUUGGAUCUGCUGCACACGUUCAACAGGUUCCCUAAAGUAUUCCAGACGUUCAGCAGCUUCAGACAGAUGUUCCCAGAGGUGUCCAGUUACUGUUUCUGUGCUGACAGCAGAGGCAGGGAGCUCCCCAGCACAGGUGUGGAGCUGCUGCUAGAUGAGGUGUAUGACACAGCCUUCUCAGGUCUGGAACCUGGCCUCUCCUUCUCCCAGACCAACAUGUACCGCAUCCUACAGAGGAGAUUCCUGGCCAUCCAGCUGGCGAUGAGUGGCAGGUUUAGAUGCCCCAGCCCUUGUGAGAGCGAGCGAUCCGCUGGUGCCCAAGCUGGCAAUGUGUUUGUGCCGUCCUGUACUUCCAACGGGGGUUACGUUCCAACCCAGUGCCAGGCGGAUGGGCAGUGCUGGUGUGUCGACCCCACAGGGAAGGAGAUCUUUGGGACACGACAACAUGGAGGAUCCCCUGACUGUGGUGCUGGAGUGAAGGACUGUACCUCUGAGCGUCGCCAGGCCCUCUCCAGGCUCCUCUCCAGCCCCUCAGGUCCGGUGCCAUCAGCCAAGGACUCACAGACACACUCAGCCCCAAGCCCCCUGUCUCCAUGCAGCCCCCAACUCCAACAGCUCCUGCUGGGGUCUCUAAUGGAGUCUCUUUCUGAGCGAUCCGAUUUAGGAGACAUCCUGGCUGAGACGAUCCAGGGGAUGUUCCCUAGCGGGGCCAUGGCCCUCAAGGCCCUAGCUCUAGCCUCCAACCCCAAGAGACUCCAGGAGAACCUGUUCGGAGGAAAGUUCUUAGGAAACGCUGGGAUGUUUAACUUCACUGGGGCCGUCGGUGUCAGCGGGACGUUGAGUUUCAGUCAAGCCAGUCUGACAAACAACCAAGAUCUAGUUAAACUCAUCAGCGCCACCCUGGAAAACGUGGACUUCCUGUCCACCCUACGCCAAACCAUCCUCUUAUCCAAAGCUGAGGACAGCACCCAGCUAGGUGAGCUGUUCAGGGUCCUGUUUGAGAGCGCCCAGUCCGGUGGUGCUGGUUGUGAGAGGGAGCCCUCUGCCCUGUACGUGCCCAGCUGUGAUGACAGCGGCCAGUAUCAGGAGAUCCAGUGCCAAGGCUCGGAGUGUUGGUGUGUUGACCCCCAGGGUCAGGAGGUCACAGGGUCACGCUCCAAUGGUCAAAGGCCAAGGUGUCCGUCAAGAUGCGAGAGGGAGCGAGCGGCUGCCCAGAAGGUGAAGUCAGGCCAGGCUGCUGGGGUAGAGGUGUUCAUGCCGAAGUGUGCGGAGGACGGGAGCUACGUGGCGUUGCAGUGUCUGGGAAAGAGUUGCUUCUGUCUGGACCUCCUGGGAGAGAGACAUGCCACUAUCCCUGUAGGACAGACUGUUCAGUUCCAUCUAGCUGUCCUCCCCCCUCUCUCUCCCCUUCCCUCCCCAGGACCAGCUCCAGGCUCCUGCUCCCUGGCGGUGGCUGAGGUGGACCAGUUCCAGGAGGAGGCUGAGCGUCUGGUCCUCCUCUCCAACAGCUCCCACGUCCCUCUGGGCUACAGCUACCUUCUAGCUGAAGGUCUCCGUCUGACCUCUGACGAGCUACUCCACGCCCUCUCCUCCUCCGACCAGACCACUCUGCUCUCUGAUAGGCUGCUGAGCCACUCCCACUCUGCUCUACGACUUGCUGCCCACUCCACCCUGCGGUUCUAUUGGCAGAGCCAGCAGGCAGCAUCUGUGGAGGAGAGACAGUCUCUACUGCUGGGCUACCAGCCCUACAGGCCCCAGUGUGAUGCCCACAGACAGUGGCUGCCCACCCAGUGCCACCCCAGCACAGGUCAGUGUUGGUGUGUGGAUGAGGAAGGAGGAUACAUCCCAGCUUCCCUGACCAGUCGCUCCCUGCAGAGACCACAGUGCCAGACCCGGUGUCAGAGAGGUUAUGCUCAGGCUCUGCUCUCUGACUGGACACAGUCCUCCUACAUCCCGACUUGUGAACUGAGUGGCCAGUUCUCUGUGCUCCAGAAGGGGUCUUCAGGUGGAGGUGGAGCCUGGUGUGUCAGUCCUGUUUCUGGGGAAACCAUCCAGCCUGCUACCCUGAGUCCCAGUGGAGACCUCACAUGUCCUAGCUGGUGCCAGUUGUUGAAAGACAGAGGUCAGUCUGUGGUGGGUUAUGAGGCGGAGUGCCAGGUGGAUGGAAGGCUGUUCUCCCCGCUGCAGUGUGACCAGACAGACUGCUGGUGUGUGUCUCAGACUGACGGACAGGAGCUGCCUGGAACCAGGACCCCACGUGGCACGGGGAAGACCCCAGCCUGUGACAGUCCCCAGUGUCCCUCUCCGUUCUCUGACACCAUCGUUACCCACGGUGACGUGGUCUGUCACUCUGACGUGAUUGGUGGCCAGCAGAACUGUGAACUCAUCUGUCACCUGGGUUACGAAAGCGCUCUUCCUGUGAACAUGCAGUUAUUGUGUGACGUGGAGACCAGAGCCUGGGUGACAGAGGCCCCACUUCCUCAAGCCUGCCAGAGACUUCAGGUGCUGCAAACCAUCCAGACCUCUGUGGUGCUCCAGCUCGCCCUGCCUCCAGGCCAGGGACCCUGCAGCUCCACCCUCCACUCCAGCCUGCAGAUCUCUCUACUCCACGACAUGAGGGCCAAGGGUCUCUGCAGCCUGCAGGUUGGUGUGUGUCUGAUGUUCAGCUCUGUGUCAGUGUGUGAUGAGUCGUCCGUCUCUGUAGAGUGUGUGAGUGAGGAAAGUGUCAGUGUUCAGGUCAGCUGGAGGGCUCUUCUCUCAGACCUUCCUGUCUCUGUUCUGCCAGACCUGCAUGACGUCGAUGUGGCGCUCAGUGAGGACAGGCUGUUGGAUGGGCUGCUAGGCCUGAUGGGUAGUGACCCCUACCGCUCCCUCUUGACAUCUGAACCCAGAGUCCUCUCUACCUCAGCACCUGACUUUGGCUGUUCCAAUGGCUACCAGCGUGUUGGAACAGGAUGUGUGGUGUGUCCUGCGGGUAUGUUUUCCAGUGGAGGUGUGUGUUCUCCCUGUCCUCAGGGCUCCUACCAAGACCAGGAGGGGACAGACUUCUGUACCAUGUGUCCUAAAGGCACGUCCUCUAACGGAGCUUCCACUGCCGCACACUGUUUGACAGAGUGCCAGCGCAGUGACCUGAUGUGUUCAGAGGGAGGGGACUUCCUGUUGGCCCAGCAGGACAUCCAGACCAGGAGGUGGCGCUGUGUGACGUCCAGCGGAGAGCAGCUGGAGUGGACAACCACUGGCCAGCCUCUGUCUGAGGGAGAAUGUUCAGUUCUGGAGAGGUUUGAGACAGUUCCCAGAUCAGCGUUUUCUCCAGCAGCAGAAGACUAUGUUGUCCUCAGCUCAGAGACGUCAGACACGACCAUGGAGAAACAACUCAGGACGUGUGUGUUAGCUUGUGCCCAGGUCCAGACUUGUCUUUACGUUGUCCUUUACGCAGAAGAAGGACAAAGUCACUGUGAACUCUACAGCACCGACGCUGCUAACAUCCAAUGCGAAACCUCUGAGCAAACCAAAGGGUUCCUGGGAAAUGCAGGUGCUGAUAUGUUCCAGAACCUGAGCUGUUCUCUGAAGGUGAACGGGGCUGACAGACGGAACGUCACGGUCAUCAGGAAGAAAGGUCAUGAAUUCACCAGUAAGGCCCAGAAGACCUUUGAAAGGUUGAGUUUCCGUAAGGCCAGUUCUGGUGUGUACCAUACCAUGGUGUUUGCAGCUGAAAGAACCACUCUGACCGACGUCCAUCGUUUCUGUCAGGACGAGUGUACCCGGAACACCUGCUGUGAUGGCUUCAUCCUCAACCAGAACGUUCUCAACGGAGGUACCAUUAUGUGUGGACUGCUGAGCUACCCAGACAUGUUGCUAUGCAGUGAGGCAGACUGGGAUGUGUCUGGCUUGGCCAAGGCUAACAGGAUCUGUGGGGCUGGAGUCACCUACAACAAACUGCAGAAACAGUUCAUCUUUAACUUUGGAGGACAAGACUUGACCAUCACGGAUACAGCUCUGCCAACAUCAAGCAAGAACAAAACUGACUACCAGGCCACCAUUAUUGGGUUCCAAGGCAUUUACCUCUGGAAAGAGUCUGACAUGACCACUCGUCCCAAGACCUCCCCAGCCUGUAGCAGUGUCCUCCCACAACAAGCCCCCGGAGUUGUUCUGUCGGCUGCAGUGAAGGAGACGUUUGUGGCCCUGGACAGCAGUGCUGUUGUUUUGGACACUGAACAGGACAUCCCCAGUCUGCAAUACUGGAUCUUCAAACAUCAGUUCUCUGCACAGGAGGCUCAGCUGUGGUGUCUGAAACGCUGUGAGGAGGAAGAGCUGUGCCACGUGGCUGAUGUGAGAGAUGAGAGCUCAGUGUACUUUACCUGCGCCCUGUACCCAGACACCCAGGUGUGUGGGGCCUACGACAAACCCCUGAGACAGGCCUGCAGCCCUGUGCUCCCCCAGCAACCCCACACCGCUCACACCAAGAAGGUUGAUCUGACUGGAAGUGUGGAGAGUUUUUACAGCCGUGUUCCCUUUAAGAAGAUGGUGUCUUAUUCCGUCCGUAGCCGUGUCAACCUGAGUGCCAAGCCUAUCACUGAGGGGUUCCGUGAGUGUGAACGGAGAUGUGAUGAAGAUCCAUGUUGCCGUGGAAUCGGAUACGUCAGGGACACACAGUCACCUGGAUCAGACGUUCUCUGCCUGACUCUGAACAGCUUUGGUAUCCAGACAUGUGGUGAAGGUGAGAGGACAACCUGGAGAGUCCAGGACUGCACCCCCUCCAAAGUAGAAACCGGCGUGUAUCCGCUUGGCUGGUACGAGAAACCAGUGAACCAGUGGACUAAAUCACCACGAUUGUGCCCCAGUUUCGAACUACGUGUUCCUUCAAAGAAUGUGAGUUUGAGUGAGUGGAGACUCCUGGAUGCGUCCUCUACGCUGGUGGAUCCGUCCGUCUCCACGUUUGACAUUAUUCACAUCAGUAAAGACAUCGCUGAGGACCUGGACAGGACCAGAGACUGGUGUCUGUCUGCCUGUGAGGAGGCUGACUCCUGUGCUGUGGUGUCAGUGGGGCGGACCGACUCGGCUGUCCGCUGUGUCCUCUACCCAGACACCGUGGCCUGUGGCCCCUCCACUACCACCACCACUGGAGGUCAGGACUGUCGGCUGGUCAUCAGAGAGUCAGCUCUCCAGGUCUACCUCCACAAAGAACCCAAGGUGGAGUUGACGUCAGUGUUUAUCCCGGCUCACGGAACGCUCCAGGGAGAGGCCGUAACAACGCUGCUCGGGUCAGACAGGAAGACAGUCAGACAGUUCUUGGGAGUUCCGUACGCUCGUCCUCCUAUCAGAGCCCUCCGUUUCGCCCCCCCACAGCUUGCUGAAUGGAGUGGCACAUGGAACGCCACGAUUACCAGACCCAGUUGUCUGCAGCCUGGAGCUGUAGAGUCAUCAGCCAGCAGUGAGGACUGUCUGUACCUCAACAUCUUCGUCCCCAGUGGCAUCAGAGGGAGUACAGCGGUUCUGGUGUUCUUCCAUAACCCGUCUGGAGCAGCCAGCAAUGACACACCAUCUCUACUGGACGGCUCCUACCUGGCUGCCGUCGGCAACAUCGUCGUGGUUACCGUCAACACCAGGGUUGCAGCGUUCGGAUUCCUCAGCACAGGCUCCACAGCCCUGCCAGGUAACGCCGGCUUCCAGGACCAGGUAGUUGCUCUGAAGUGGGUCCAGGAGAACAUUGAGGCGUUCGGAGGUGAGCCCAGGCUGGUGACGGUGGGGGCAGAGCGGAGCGGAGCCGACGUGGCCAGCCUACAUCUGACCUCUCCCUCCUCGCGUGGUCUCUUCAACAGGAUGCUGCUCAUGGGUGGCUCUGUGUUCUCCCCUGCCUCAGUGCUGAGUGUAUCCAAAGCCCAGGGGCAGGCUGAGGCUCUGGCCCGGGAGCUGGGCUGUCCCCCCUCCUCUGACCCAGAACAGCUGGGCUCCUGCCUGAGAGCAGCUCCAGCACAGGACCUCAACACUGCCCAGACUAAGUUGCUGUCAGUCAGUGGGCCCCUGCAGGCUUGGGGUCCAGUGGUGGAUGGGGUCUCUGUCCAGGGGAAACCCUCCAUGGCCCUGAUGAAUGCAGGCUUCCACAGAGCUGACCUCCUGCUGGGCUCCUCCGCAGAGGAUGGACUCAUCAGCAGGGCCAAGAGGAUCAAGAACUUUGAGGAGCUCCAGGGGCGAGCUGCCAGUAAAACAGCGUUCUACGAAGCCCUGUCCAACUCUCUGGGUGGAGACGAUGCCAAUGCUUUUGUGAAGGCUGCAGCUACCUGGUUCUACUCCAUGCAGCACUCUCCCUCUCCAGCCGGCUACAAUCUCUUCUCUCAGGCUCUUAACAGUGCAACCAGAGAUCUCUUCAUUGUGUGCCCCACCAUAAAGAUGGCCAACUUCUGGGCAGCUAACACCAGAUCCAAUGUGUUCAUGUACCACCUGCCUGAGGACACCGCCCAGACCAGUGCUGACCUGUCAGUACCCCUGGAUGUCCACUAUGCUUUUGGCCUCCCUCACAGCCCCCUGACCUACGACCUGUUCACCAACACAGAGAGACGCCUCUCCCUACAGAUGAUGACCUACAUGGCCAACUUCAUCAAGUCCGGAAAUCCCAACCAGGCUCACAGUGUGUCCCGUGUGGCCUUCAGCGAGGCGGCGCUGCCCCCCUGGCAUGCCUUCCAGCCUCACCCUGAGGGGGACAGCUAUAUGGAAGUGGAGCCAGGCCUCAGCAACCACAGGGGCCUCCGCAGGGCCCAGUGCUCCUUCUGGGCCGACUAUGUCCCCGCUCUGACCGCCUCCACUGGAAAACUUUCAUCUGCUGUGUUGGAAGGGGAAUCUGCUGGUUUGGGGGCUGGAACUCCAACACCAGAAACCAAGUUAUUUGUUGAUUUCUUGACAACUGUCACCCAGAGCAAACCCAAGUCAGAGAAGGAUGCUUAUAAUUAGAAAGAACUUCCACACUACGUACUGUCUAAUCUGCAUUUAGGGUUUAUCACUCACAUAUAGUGAGAAAUGACAUGUUGUUUCAACUGCCAAAGGUGUCUGUAAAUUAAGUCGUG